UUAAUUAGACUGGAUCCACCAAUUAACGUGAAGUCAGCCGGUCUCUCUCAGCCUUUUAAAAGCUGCCGAGUCAAACAUCCAGCAGGAUUCUGACGGAGGCUCAAACAAGAAGGAUGUCUUCCACUGUACUUUGUGCUGUUAUUUUGCUGGUGUGUGCCUUGACAUUAAAUACUGCUCAGACAAGCUGUAAAGGUCAAUGUGGUGCUGAGUACUACAGGGGCUACAUGUGUCAGUGUGACUACAACUGCCUGUCUUAUGGAGAGUGCUGCAAAGACUUUGAAUCCGAAUGCACGACAAAAAACUCAUGUAAAGGACGGUGUGGAGAAAGCUUCAAAAGAGGCCGACUGUGUAGCUGCGACUCUAAUUGCGCUGAAUACAAACAGUGUUGUCCAGAUCGCGAAACCUACUGUGAUGCAGAGGAGCCGACUCUGAAUGAUGCAACGGAGCCUUCUACAUUCAGCGAGGAAAACAAUGCAGAUAUGAACAGCCAGAUUUUUCCCAAUGAUGAGUAUCCCAACAAUGAAGUGGAGGAUCUGGAGGCAAGUCCAGUCCCAGAGAGCACCAGUGGCUACGGAUUGUCUACAGCUAACCUGCUGGAAGAAAUUUCUACUGAACCCAUCCAGGAUCCAGAUACUCUGGAGUUCAGUACAGAGACAUUUACAGUCUUCUCACAGACACAAACAACUGUCUCAGACAACGAACCAACGCAGGCUUAUGACGGCCCCUACACACUUUACCCCACCAUUGAAGUCCCCACUGAGAGAACAGAUGCCAGGGAUUCAACCAGCUCAUCCGUCCCAGGAACAACUCUCCCCCAGCCCACAACAGCAGCUGACAAUGUCUCCAGCAAGCCUACUCCAACCUCAGUACCCCAAACAGAGUAUCCUCCCACAGAGCUCCAGACGGCAGGGCCGAAAGAAUUACAGCCUGAGGAUGGCCUUCUUCUAGAGGAUCCGACUGUAGCUCCCUCUGAUGAACCAGAGGAUCCGACUGUAGCUCCCUCUGAUGAACCAGAGGAUCCGGAUCCCUCUGAUGAACCAGAGGAGCCCUCUGAUGAACCAGAGGAUCCGACUGUAGCUCCCUCUGAUGAACCAGAGGAUCCGACUGUAGCUCCCUCUGAUGAACCAGAGGAUCCGACUGUAGCUCCCUCUGAUGAACCAGAGGAUCCGACUGUAGCUCCCUCUGAUGAACCAGAGGAUCCGAAUGUAGCUCCCUCUGAUGAACCAGAGGAUCCAACUGUAGCUCCCUCUGAUGAACCAGAGGAUCCAACUGUAGCUCCCUCUGAUGAACCAGAGGUAACAACCCUAUCCGAAUCAACCUCCAACACACCUCCGACGACCCUCAUUCCUCCUUCAACAGAUGCAGUGCAACAUGAUUCUACAGAUGAAGUCACACCAGGAACAACCACUGCUCAUCCACAAAAUGUCACACCAGAUCCAACCAAACCUGCACCAUCCGAAGUCACGUCCAAACCCCAGGACCAACCUGACCCCUACAAACCAUCGCCAGCUAAACCGACUCUGGCUAAACCCAGCUCCAAACCUGAGACUAAGCCUCUGGACACUGCACAAACUCUCAACAUAGACAAUUCUAGAGACUACCAAGCAGAUGACAGCAACGAUACCAAUCUGUGUAGUGGGCGGCCGGUCGGUGCAGUCACCACGCUGAGGAACGGCACAAUGGUGGUUUUCAGAGGGCACUACUUCUGGUCUCUGGACAGAUUCAUGGUGCCUGGUCCGGCUCGUGGCAUCACACAAGUGUGGGGUGUCCCUUCCCCCAUCGACACUGCGUUCACCCGCUGCAACUGCCAAGGCAAAACAUACAUUUUCAAGGGAUCCAAGUUCUGGAGAUUUGAAAAUGAUGUGUUGGAUCCUAACUAUCCAAAGGCCAUUGAAGCAGGCUUUGGUGGACUUCGGGGCCAAAUCACAGCUGCUCUGUCUGUGCCUCAGUACCAGAGGAGGGGAGAGUCAGUUUACUUCUUUAAGAGAGGUGGAUUGGUCCAGAAAUAUUCAUACCAGUUUGGCACCAGUCCAUCGUGUGGCAGGAAAGUCCAAUACCCCGUUUACACCGUCCGCAACAGAAUGGUUCGACAAGCAGUGUCUGUCCUAGGGCCAGUAGUCAACAUCCGGACAUCUUGGAGAGGUUUCCCCUCCACCAUCACAGCUGCUGUGUCCGUCCCGAGCAUCAGAGUACCAGAGAAAUACAAAUACUACGUCUUCUCAAGAACCAAAUCCUACAACGUGAGGAUGGAUAGUGAACGUCCCAUCAUUUCUGCUCCUACAGCCAAUGCGUCACCUCAGAGCAACGACUUCUUAAAAUGCCCAGCGAGAGUUUGAUGAAAGAAAGAUGUCUCAUAUACAGUGUUUUUUCUUACAGUUUUAAAGUUUAUUACAUUUCUGAUAAAACACACUGCUUCAGCAUUGACUGAUUUAAAAAAAAAAAAAGGUACUUUACAAGUACAUAAAAACAAACAAAAGCAAAACUAAAAUCAACAGGCUUCAGAAUAAGUGAACAUUAUGAUGGCUGAAUACAGAAUCUGAAAACACUGAUUGGAAAAUAUGUAAUGUGUUUCUGAUGGUAAUGGCAAUUUCUUCGGUCACUGUUCCAAGUUUUCUGACUGGUGCUUCAUCUUAGGAAUCGUCUCCCAUGUAUACCCCGAGAAGGAAAUCCCUGACCUGUUGAGAGAUAAAAUAUUAUUGUUUUUCCAUCUCCUCCUCGGAGCUUGUUUGGGAGUAGCCGCUGCCACAGCCCCAUUCCACCCCAUCUCAGCAGCCUGCUAUACCAAUGUAAUUUGUUUUUUUACUGUGGCUGUUUAAAAUCUGUAUGAAAUGUAAAACAAUGAUCGUGUUUCCUCUGUUAUUCUAAUCAACAUUAAAGUGAAUUAUAACACACCAAAAUGUAUUAAAUGCUAUGACUGGUAAUUC